AUGGGGGACAAACAGUGGUUCGAGGGUCCGCCAUGGCUUUCUAAAAGUGAGGAAUUUUGGCCGAUAUCUACUGAAAAUGGCUGUGGUGACCUCAGCCACAUCGAAGAAGAAAGGAAACGUGGAGCUAUACUGACAACGUACGUUCAAGCAACUGUUCCUGCACUGCUUGACCUCGGAAGGUACGGCGAUUAUCAACGCAUAAUACGGAUCACAGCGUGGAUACUGAGAUUCAUAGAGAACAGCCGUGCGACGUCGAAGGUUACGGGCCCGCUGACAGCUAUGGAAGUUGAGAAGGCUGAGAUAUUCUGGAUUCGGCGGGCGCAAAAUGAAUCAUAUCCGGAGGAGUUCCUCGCUCUGCGACAGAGAAGAGAGAUCGCACAGGGAUCAAAGAUUGCACGAUUACGACCGCACCUAGACGAAAGGGAUGUGAUGCGUCUAUCGGGAAGACUUCAGUACUCGGAUAACCCCGAAGAGGUGAAGCAUCCUAUACUGAUGGCCAAAGAGCACCCACUAUCAGCACUACUGGUCGACAGCGUCCAUCGACGCGCCCUACACAGCGGAGUCCAGACAACAUUGACGAUACUGAGAGAGCGAUGGUGGAUAACUCAAGCGAGGCAGCUAGUCAAAUCUACCCUCUACCGCUGCAAGGUAUGCAGGAGACUCCGUGCGACUAAGGCAACAGCCCCUAUAGCUCCAUUGCCCGUUGAGCGCCUCAACCCAACUCACCCUUUCGACACCACCGGCAUCGACUUUGCUGGGCCUCUGUAUCUCAAGACUAGUUCGGGUUCGGCGAAAGCGUACAUUGCGCUGUUCACUUGCGCCACAACAAGAGCUGUGCACCUCGAACUAGUUACAGACUUGACAACCAAGUCUUUUGUCAUGGCCUUUCGGAGAUUUAUUUCAAGACGCGGGGCACCUUCUACAAUUUACAGUGAUAACGCGCUCACUUUCAAGAAGGCGGCUCAGGACAUCAAAAAAUUGUGGACUGUUGUUAGAAGUACGGAUGCACAAGACUUCGCCGCAAAGAAUCGCAUCAGCUGGAAAUUCAUUGUCGAAAGAGCUGCCUGGUGGGGCGGUAUGUGGGAAAGGUUGGUGCGAUCGGUGAAAACUUGCUUGAGAAGAGUACUCGGACGUCAAUGUUUGACAUCCGAAGAAAUGACUACAUUACUUCACGAAGUGGAAGCAGUGGUCAAUUCACGACCACUUACCUAUCUACACUCUACGCCUGACGAGCCGAGCGCUUUAACGCCUGCACAUCUACUGAUCGGGAGAAACUUGUCAGCGCUUCCUGAAGUCUCUGCCACAACUGUGGUCCCUCGAUCAAAUUCUACGGUAGUCAGUAGAAGAUGGAUACAUCGACAGAAGUUGGCUGACCAAUUUUGGAAGAGAUGGAAGCAUGAGUAUCUCCUGGAAUUGCGGUCAGCUCAUCAGUCGGACCCCAAAAGCAGAACAACAAGACUGUCUCAAGGAGAUGUCGUGCUAGUACAAGAGGAUAAAGUUCCGCGGCACAUGUGGAGACUGGCCCGGAUAACCCAACUCUUCAGAGGACGAGACGACCUAGUGCGGUCUUGCGAACUGCGACUUGUAUCUGGAAGGCUGACUCGACGACCCGUCCAGCUACUGUACCCGUUAGAAACAGCAGAAAAAUGA